CAAUCUGCGCAGUUCAUCAUUGAUUCUCUUCCUAAUGUCGAGCAAGGCACCGUCGAGCGAUCGGUAUACCAACUAGACUCUAUUCGCGGUGUUCUUCAGGCUAUGGAGGAUGAAGAUAUUCCUGAACAAGAGAGGACUGACCUCAUUGACCACGUCCAAGCCCUUCUCUCUCCUUUGGAAGAAUUCCUGCGUACCACCCCCUUCCUUCCAAACCUGUUCAUCCCUCGGGAAUACACUGGCAAGCGCGGACGUCCACGGUACAUUCUGAACCUGGAACGUGCAAUUGCCCUUCAUGAUCUGGGAAAUAGCUGGGAGGAUGUUGCUACGGCCAUGGGUGUUGCUCGCUCGACUCUGUAUGAGCAUAUGGAUAGAGCAGGCCUAUCGAGUGCACGGAGGGACUUCACUGCUAUCAGCAAUGAAGAGCUUGACGAGCUUGUAACCGAGUUCUCAAGGCUACACCCCUUCUCGGGAUCGGCAAUCCUCAUGGGCGACUUGGAAGCGCGAGGUAUCCAUCUGCCUAGAGCACGUGUUCAGGAAAGCCUUCGACGUGUGGAUGCAAUUGGGGUGCUAGUAAGGUUUGCAGGCCUCAUCAGACGCAAGGUCUACCAUGUUCGUGGGGCCAAUGCGCUGUGGCACCAAGACGGCAACGAAAAACUAAAGCCGUGGGGCUUCUGGGUUCAUGGAUGUAUCGACGGGCACUCGCGUCUCAUCAUCUACCUCGCCUGUACAUCCAACAAGCGUCAGGCAACUGUAGGUGCGCUGUGGAAGAAUGCCGUAGAGACAUUUGGCUGGCCCAGUCGCGCACGAGGAGACUUCGGGAGCGAGAACAACGAGAUCGAGCGCAUGAUGAUUAGGCACUGGGGGGCGGACCAUAGGGCAUACCUACGUGGCCGUUCGCUUCACAAUGUCCGUAUUGAAAGGCUUUGGAGGGACGUACGCAAGGACGUUCUUGAAGUCUUUCGCCAGAUCUUUCUCAACCUUGAGGAUCGAGAAGUACUCGAUAUGGAGGACCCCAUCCAUCGCGCCUGCCUCUUUCUCACAUUUCAACACCGCAUUCAAAGGGCUCUCGACCGCGCUGCGGAUGCGUGGAAUCACCACAAGAUCCGCACAGAGGGUAACCGCACUCCUCUUGCCAUUUACGAGCUCAGUCGUGAGUUCGCUCUCAACCGCGGGUACUGGACAGGGGACGCUGGCGAUCUUGUUGAGUCUGUCGGAGCAAUGUAUGGAUCUCAGGACCAUGGUGCCCCUGUUCCACCUACCGACGAGGUGGUAGAAGACCCGAUACAUCCCCGCGAGGAGCCUGAGGGCGUGCAGGCGCAGAAGGAUGCUGGAAUCGUGAUUAAUGAUGAUGCUGAGCUGGAGUAUGCUCGUAGCAUGCUUCCUGACUUCGAUUUCAUGCGAGAUGAUGGUAAUUGG